UUAAAUUACGAAGGUCUAAAGCGUUUGAAAAAAACGUACAUAAUUUUUUUAAAGAAUGAUAAAGUUUAUAAAAGUGACGAGUCGUGGUUGGAGAAACAUACGCAAUCAAUUAAAAUCUAAAUCAUAUUAGCAUCAAUCAAAUGAAUUUAAAUGAUCAGCGAACUCCUGUAUAAAUGCUUCGGUAAGAAUUCAAUCUACUUUUAAAAAACGUAAGAAUGUCGCGUUCUUCGGGCUACCGAAUUAUUCUGUGUGCGAAUUCUUGAAAGUCUUUUGGUUGGAGCAGACAUAGUUCGUCUCGAGCGAAGUUACAGGAACGUGUGUCGGGGUGAAGAGAAAGAGACAAGAUCGUUGAUGUCACCGUCAAGAUGCCGGUGGUCUGCGAGAAAAAAACAAUUUUUCGCCAAUAAUGCGUAAUAAUCGUGAAUAUUCCUCAUAGAAGACGGAUAUAAAUUCGUAAGAAACACCGUGACGUGUGAAAAUCUUCACAAUAACGACUCGCGGCGACUUGCGAGUAUCCUUGGAGUUGUUUUCAACUGGUUCGAAGAACCUUGGGAAUAACAGUGUCACUUGUCCAAAUGUAUGGUGACCCUUGGAAUAAAAGCACAUAUGAACUGUAAAAAUAUAGUCGCAAUAACAGUAACGUCGCGCUCCCUUACGUGACCAGACGAGGCGUGUUCUUGAAAACGAUUACGCGAAGUGCCGGCGAAAAGUACUCGUGAGACUAAAACUCCGACUGACCGUUUAAUGUACUCUCCUGUGCAAUUGCAGCUUUCGGGCGGUUAAAGUGUUGUGCGAGACACUAAGAUAACAGUAACAGCGCCUUUCUCGUAGAAAUGUCUUUCGCAGACAUGAAAUUUUCGUAUAAAGUGCAAUCGUGAUUAUCGGUUAAACUCUUAUCGCGCGAUUUAUAUAAUUAGUAGUCUUUUGAAAUUGGAAUAUUUCGGGAUAAAACUACGGUACAUGUUGUACCUAAAUUGUUAUAUAAGUACGAAAUAUACAUGAGGAACAUCACGGAAUUACGUAAUUAGACAAAGAAUAUCGCGAAAGUAGCAAAAAAUUAAAACAGGAAUUACAUUGUGUAAUUAGUACCGAAAUACGAGGGUUAAAAAGAAAAAUUAUUGUCCAAAAUACGAAAUUACGUUUUGCGUGUUCUAAAUUAAAAUAAAUUAAAAUUAUACACGGAGAAUGAAAAAAGAAUAUAAUUGAGAACAAAAAUCACUUUUUCCGCGAUCGAUAGUCCUCAAGAUAAAAUCAUAAUAUACGAUAUGCGCGACCGACUGUAACAAUAUUGACAUUGUCAACGAGUGAAAUUCUCUUCUCGUCAUCGUCGAUUACACGCUUUUCGGCAUACGCGAAAAGUUGCGGCCGCGGACGGUAAAGUGUUGAUGGUGCGUUCUAUUAAUUUUCCAUCACGGCGCAAAGUUUUUCGCGAGUUAAGGCUGAAAUUGAAGCAACGCGACAGCUGCGUAUUGUGAGAGAAGAUCACACGCGACGUCGUGUUGGAGAAAAAUAAAAUAUGUAUGUGGAUAAAAGUAUCCGUUGUAAGCUCGACAAAAGCGCAACGGAAUUCCUUUAAUAAAUCGCUAUCGUCCUCGCGAAACAACGUAUCAUGUGUUCUCGAGCGGAAAACUAUUAAGUACUCUUGAAUGUCGAAGAUUGUUGCUAUUCGAGAUCGUAGUCGUCGCCUCGGGAAUCGAUUGCUCUCAUAAGAUCGAAAAGUGUCGAGCAAAAGCUGUGCCGGAAGUGGUUGGAUACUUCGUAGCGAGUGCUCCAAGGAGUUGACCCUUUUUGGUUGCAUUCUCUCUCGUCCAUCCGACUCGAUUUCGUACCAUUGUCUUCCGACUGUUCGACUUGGUGUUUCAUGUGAAAAGCGAUUUCCUUGAUUGUGUGUACUGUAAAAAGAAGAGGAGUGCGAUUUACUUAAAGAAUUUCCAUGGAAUAGCUACUCAUGAUGAUUGGUAUGAAGUUUUUUCGCGUCAUUUUGGCGCUCUUAGGAGGCACGCAUGUCCUGUGUGCGCAACCAUCGGCAUCUCCAACUGUGAAAACCGGUGGUUCCAGUAUCGCCAGCGUGGUAGCAGGUAGCAAGCCGACGAGAUCCUGGGACAAACCUCAAUUCGACGAUAUUGCACCGCGAAACGUCACUGCCAUCGUCGGCCAGACGGCGGAGCUGAAUUGUUAUGUCAAGCAUCCGGGUGACCGUGUGAUCUCCUGGAUACGUAAGAGGGAUUUGCAUAUCCUGACGUCAUCGACCCUCGCUUACACGGGGGAUGCAAGAUUUUCUGUUAAGCACCCAGAAGCAUCCGACGAAUGGACGCUGAGGAUCGAGUAUGUUCAACCACGGGACGCCGGGGUUUAUGAAUGCCAGGUUAACACCGAGCCCAAAAUGAACUUAGCCUUCAUGUUAAAAGUCGAAGAAAGUGCCCCUGUCCCUGCCAUCACCACACCAAACGCCAUUCACCGGACGUUCAACUCAGCUGCUCAGGCGACGAUCCUGGGGCCGGAAGACGUCUACGUGAAGAAGGGUAGCACGAUAAGCCUCACAUGUGAAGUGAAUGUGCGAAGUACACCCCCCAGUAGCGUUUCCUGGCAUCACGGAGGAGCCGUGGUAGAUUUCGACAGUCCCAGUGUACACCGCAGGGGCGGGGUUUCCCUGGAGACGGAGAAAACGGAUACUGGGACGACAAGCAGACUACUGGUGACACAGGCCAGAUUGACCGACAGCGGAAAUUACACCUGCAUCCCUAGCAACGCGAAUCCAGCGAGCGUAAUGGUCCACGUGCUGAAUGGCGAACAUCCGGCGGCGAUGCAGCAUGGCGGCAGCUGCGGUGUGGCACCGACAAUUUUACUCGCUAGCAUCACACUCAUAGUUGCAAAUUUGUUAAGGUGAGCGGCCGUGUCGUGAAUUGCGGGCAUCUUAAAAAAAAAAAAAAAAGAAAGAAAGAAAAAGAAAAAGAAAGAAAGAAAGUCAAACGUGUCCAACGGUCGGGAGAGACAACGUCCAAAGUGAAAACGCGGCGUUCAACGAUCACGAAACGGUACACGCUCGGAAAAAUCGCCCGGCCGACCGCGAUAGAUCGCUUUAGCUCACGCCUCGCUGUCACACGCUGCGCGUAUCCGUUCGUCGAGUGCUCGGAAGCGACGACAAGAGAAUCACAGUGCGGACCGAAGUGCAGUGGACCAAAGCCCUGUGAAGAACGCGGUGACGUGGCGGACGAUCUUUCGCACGUACGUUUUUAACACAAAAAUCUUUCACAGACACUCCACUCUUUUGUAUGAAAUCGUCGUGUUAAAAUGCAUCGCGGCAAAAAAAUUGCCGAAUCAUUCUCGAUAUUCCUGAUAGCAUCACGGUUGAGCGUUCGCCAAAGAAACUCUCUUGUACUUGUGCUUUUGUAAUAAUUAAAUCGGCAUGUUAACCUGUGGCUCAACGAAUUUACGUGGACUCUCUCUAGUGGAAAAAAGAAAAAGAAACCGCUCAUCUCGUACUCUUGUCGCGAGACUUCCGUUAGAAUUUGUAUUUUAACUAAUUCAGUAAUGGCCUCGUAGUAUUCCAUGUAACGUCGACCGAUAGAACGACGCCGUUUGGCAGAGAGUCGAAUCGAUCGCAUGAUCUGUUACGAUUGCCAACGCUUUCGAAUCGAAUAUCGAUGGCUGGAUCCGUUCGAUGGCUACGAAAUAAUUAUUACACGAAUCGAAAAUUUAUAAUUUAACGAUUAUCAACUAGUUGCGUAAUAAUCAUCAGAUAAUUAAGGCUCUUGUACAUAAAACGAGUAAUAAAUAUGUAGGGUUUGCCG